GAUCACUCCCGCGCAUGCGCGCUGAGCUUACGCGCGUCUUCUCGUGUACUAUGCGUCGGUGGUGACUUGACGAGUGCAAGUGUUGUGUACUAUUUCCUAAAGACCGUGAUCUGUGUGCCUUUACGAUGAGGUCUUGCAGCGCACUCGCGCUUUUUACGUUAGCCGUGUUGACAGAAUGCCUUGCCGCCUCAGACCGUUCGCGGCAUCGAUCCGGCCCAGUCAGGAGUGUUCCCGUGGCGGCAAAUGUUAAACGAGAUGUGGACUUCGACUGUCCAGAGGAGUUCGGCUACUAUCCUCAUCCCACCGACUGCACAUUGUACUAUGUUUGCGUGUUUGGCGGCGCCCUACUUGAAUCAUGUACUGGUGGACUUAUGUACAGCCACGAGCUCCAAACGUGCGAUUGGCCGCGCAACGUAGGCUGUGAUGGUGCCAGCGCUGGUGGUGGCGAGGAGUUGGAGCGGUUCAGCGAGCGUGACGACCCACCGCCGCCGCCCCCACCGCCACGACGCACGCCGCCACCCCCACGAGCUCAGCCCAAGCCGAUCAUCACAUCCAGAGGACAACCAAAAUUCAAUCGCGUGGAAUACGAAAAGCAACAACAGCUGUAUGCGGAAAUAGAUGAUUUACCUCCCGUAGAAGAAAUCGAAAGUGACAGACAGCAGCGCGUUUAUCGAGGACAACCUUCGACAAUAGGUCAAGUCCAAAAGGAUAGAGAUGGCUACGGAUCUCAAGCUAUUAGCUCCGGGAGAACUGUCAACUCGAAUAUAAUUCCAGCAUCCUUACCACAAGCCGGUAAAAUUGGAUCAUUUUCUUUCGGCUCGCAAAUCGAUGACAGACGGGCUGCCACUAUAACUCCUGCUCCUCAAAAAUACAACUUGGAACCGACAGAAAAUCUAUCUCCAGUAUCUUAUUCACCAAGCCCUCGACCUAAAAUGUUGUACAAUGGAUCUCAAGCGUAUAAUCCCGAUCAAUAUGAUCCAUACUAUGCAGUCUAUGAUGAAGACGGCGAGUUAUACAAGGAUACAGAUUAUGUGCAGCAAUAUAACGUUGCAUCGGUCCGCCCAGCAGUACAGCAGACAUACAGAGGUACUCCACCUCCAGCCAGACGACCCGUCGAAACGUACACGGCAAGGCCGGUGUCGGCUGAUGACUACGACGAUGCACUCAUCCAAGGACAGAUUAGCAACCAAAAUCAAUACCAAGCACCCGUUCGUCAUUCUACGAGGGGCGAAGGUAAUGAAUUGGGCUAUGAGCAUAACCCGAGCAGCAUAAGGACGACACUGUAUGAAACUACUUCUAUUAGCACAACCUCUUCUACUACGACAAGCACUACAACUACCACGACUACACAACGCCCUACCACUGCACCAUAUACUGAAGCUAUGACCCCGUCUCGAUACACGCCAAGAUCAUCCACAGAUGAAAACCCUACUCCCAAAUCUGAUACUUCUUCUACUGCCCCUGAAAAUGAUCCUACCCCUUCGACAACACCGUCUCAUAUUAAUUUAUCCUAUCUUGCAAAGCCUUUUGAAAUAACUGACAAUUUACAUAGAUUAGAACAGACCUUACCGACAACUGAAAAAAUGUUGACUUCUAGACGUUCUUCUCGUGUGACUAACAAUAACAAUAAUAUCCCUGUGGACGUGGAACAAGUCUCUUCUAAUAAAGGCAAGAAAAAACUAGUGUCAUUAACGACUGGUUUUUCUAUUAGACGAAAUUUAAACAAUACAAAUAACCCAUAUACGUUGACGGUUCUAACGCGACCAAUAGAUGAAUUUAAUAAUCCACGAAAAAACCAUUCACGUAUUAACAAUUCUUCUACUGGUAAGCAUUCGCAACGAUAUCGUUAUGAAAUCAGCGAUAGUAUAAGUAACGACAACAUAAGUCGCAGUGAAGAAGAAAAUAAUAGUUUCAGUACAUCCGCAGAACCAGUUAAUCGUCGAACUGAUAUCACAAAAGAAAUAACUGAAGAAUAUGAUAUUCCGAUUCCUAUUAUGCCACCUAGUAGAAAAUUAAUUUCUGUUGAAACAACUACCCCUACAACCACAACAACAAAAUACUACUUAAAAACUGUUAUUAAACGACCAAGUUCUGUUAGUACUGAACAAUUUCAAGAGAAUACCGUCAGCACUGAAAGCAUUCUAAGAAAUCAAGCUGAAAAAGCCGACGUUAGGAGUCAAGAUAAUAUUUUACUCAAAAAUCAAUCGAGAUCGGAUAAGUAUAAAACACAAACUGAACCAUUUGUUUCCCCAUAUCGUACUUUGGACAAUUUACGUAAUAGUUAUCGAGUGGACGAACAAAUUCCAGAGUCUUCUUCGGUUAAAACUACUUCAUCUACUACAACACAAAAAUUAAGAGAUAAAUCAAAUUCGCUUUCAACAAGAAAAGCUGCACAACUUUCACGUGUUGCACCGUCUUACUACAGUUAUCGUUUAGAAGACGAAGUUAUCCCAAACCAUACAACAGAAGUAUUCAGUGGAAAAGUGAAACAUGUCAUUCAAGCUUUUUUGAACAAUGUAGAUAAUUCACCGAUACCACAACUUGUAGAAAAAAUACCAGAUCAGAGCUCUACGACUCCAGCUUCUUCUACUGAAGAAAGGAUUGUGAACAUAGGUUUUCAGCGAAAAAGCGUGAAAUACACAACCGAAAAGCCUUUACGUAAUAAUGUUAAAAGGUUACAAAUAGUAACUGAAUCAAGCAUAAUUAAUACAGAUAGAACAAAUUUAAAUAAAAUUAAACCUUCUGAAAAUGAUGAAACUGUAAAUCAAGAUUUUGCGCUAAUUAACACUGUAGAUAGUGUGAGUACAACUUCUGUGGUACAUACAACGUCAACAGCAGCACCAGUCCAGAAAGAAAACUAUGAACAAUUGUAUGUACCAAGCAGAGAUUACUACUCGUUAAAAUUCAACAGCUUAGUAAACAGUACAGAUGCUCCAGCACGAUUUGUGCCAGCGUCAGAAAAGUCGCAAAAAUUCAAAAAUGUAAUGAAUUUAGAACCGUCAACUGAAUCUGUCGACGUUGUUGUAGAAGAAGAUAGUGAAAAAAAAAAUGACGAUCAAAUUGUUAAUAACAACAGUUCUGUUGUUAAUGACGAACAACAAAAAUACGAUAAUGGGUUAUUUAGUGAUAUUGCUUCUACGACAAGCACUACAAAAGCAACUACGACAAUUAAAUCCGAACAGACUACGACAACGACUACGACUGUUAAAAGCAUUUCCUUCCCAACGCGAGCCUCUCGAGUCAAUCCUGCCAUUAAGUUAGCCGCGACAAAUCUUGGAGGUGGGCGCAGGAGUUACCAAUCUACAUCGAAAUGUUCAUCAGACAACAGUCUGCAACCGAAUCCCAAAUGCAACGAAAUCAAAUACCAGAGACCUACGAGUACACGUGGGCGCGGUUCAGCGCAUUUCUCUACGUCGAGUGGAUCAGAUGCACCUCUGCCGCCACCCAACCGAGGAACACCCCCAACACGCAGCCGGCCGACAUUGAAACCCUCCACAGCUAUUGUCUCAAAAACGACAGAGUUUGUAGACAUCUACAACCAUCCGCCCAGUAGACCAGCGUCUGUUUAUCCUCAACCAACACCGGAUAAGACAGCGGCGAAAUGCAGGAAAGACGUUUGUUUGUUGCCAGACUGCUACUGCGGUGGAAAGGAAAUUCCAGGAGACUUACCGGUGGAGUCGGUCCCGCAAAUUGUUCUUCUGACAUUUGACGAUUCCGUCAACGAUUUGAACAAAGGCCUGUAUACUGACCUCUUUGAGAAAGGUCGUGUCAACCCGAACGGCUGUCCGAUUACGGCAACAUUUUAUGUCUCCCACGAAUGGACUGAUUACAGCCAAGUUCAGAACCUCUAUUCUGCUGGACACGAGAUGGCCUCACACACGAUUUCCCAUAGCUUUGGUGAACAAUUUUCUCAAAAGAAAUGGAACAGAGAAGUUGCUGGCCAACGAGAAAUUCUUGCAGCUUAUGGUGGUGUAAAACUUGAGGAUGUUAGAGGAAUGAGAGCGCCGUUCCUUUCCGUUGGUGGAAACAAAAUGUUCAAAAUGCUGUACGAUUCUAACUUCACUUACGACUCUUCUCUCCCAGUGUAUGAAAACAGACCGCCCAGCUGGCCUUAUACUCUCGAUUAUAAACUAUUCCACGACUGUAUGAUACCACCGUGUCCGACGAAAUCCUAUCCAGGUGUUUGGGAGGUCCCCAUGGUGAUGUGGCAAGACUUGAACGGGGGCCGAUGCUCCAUGGGUGAUGCUUGCGCUAAUCCACCUGAACCCGAAAACGUUUAUAAAAUGAUUCUGAAGAACUUCGAUAGACACUAUAGCACCAACAGGGCACCUUUCGGUUUAUUCUAUCACGCGGCUUGGUUCACUCAGCCGCACCACAAGGAAGGCUUCAUUAUGUUCUUGGAUCACAUCAACCAGAUGCCGGAUGUGUGGAUAGUCACUAACUGGCAAGCUCUACAGUGGGUCAGGGAUCCCACUCCUAUCUCUAGGAUAAAUAAUUUCCAGCCUUUCCAGUGCAACUAUCAGGAUCGACCGAAGAAGUGCAACAACCCCAAAGUGUGCAACCUUUGGCACAAAUCCGGAGUAAGAUACAUGAGAACAUGUCAACCCUGUCCCGAAGUGUACCCAUGGACCGGUAAAACGGGCAUCAGAUCUUCACGCAUCGACAACGACAUCGGAGAGUAAUCCAUACAUUAACACAGGUAGAAAUAUUUAGCAUCUUGUAGACGAUGAUGAUCCUAUGAAUUUAUAAUUAGAUGUCAUAGCCAACGAGGCAAGGAUCGUUUCAUUUUGUAAAUUAUUUCACAGUAGAAAUUUUAUUAUCACCUGAGAUCAGUGCCAUUUAGUUUUCGAUGGUCACAAAAAUAAUAAUAAUAUAAAAACAAAAAAUGUUUUCGUUGUAAAUCAAUUCCAUUGAAUGUUGUGAUCCGAACUUUUGUGCAGCGUGCUUUUUAAGACGUGUAUAAUGUAUUGGAAACUGUGAUAUUUUGUGUUUUCAAUCAGCUCGAAUGAAGAUUGUGUCAAUUUUACGUAAACCAUGCUUCCUAAAAUCAAAUUUACUUAUAUCCAUUUGUCUUUAAUCAUAAAUUUUUUUAUCUCAAAAAAAUACUCUCGUUAUCUAGUGCUAGUUCGCUAAGCGCCGGUUAUUUUUUUUACUUAGAAACUUUAAGAUGAUUUAUACUAGCCAUUUAUGAGUAUCGUGUUCUUUUAAUCUUGCCAGCUUUGUGGUUGACACUGCCUUUUAUGAAUGUAAAUAUAGUUAAUGUAUAGUUUACUAGUAGGUUAAUUAUGUGUAGUUAAGUCUUCAAUGUUUUCGUACUCUGAGUAAUAUUGAAUCAAAAUUCAUUUUGUAUACCACUGAUAUUUUCUCGUCUGUUACUUUGUGUAGACGUCUGAUUACAUCGUAGACAAAUGAUGUUGCACAUGUCUAUACGAAUGUAUCGAUUUGUUGUAGCUACGAAAACAAAGUUUUAAAUUAAUUAAUAUCACAACAAUGUUUUUAAUCAAAUGAAUCAAAAUUUUAAUAUAGUUAAAAAUACAAAAAUGUAAAUCUACCCCCUUUUUUAGUAUACAGAUACAAAAAUGAUAACAAUAAUCAAACAUCACAUUCCAUAAUAAUGUCAAAUAAUUUUUUUUAAACAUACACUAUACAAUAAUGACGUAAUUUUAAGCACAUAAUAUGUCUAAUGACACAAAUUAUGAAUAAUGUUUUCAAUUCAAUUCAAUUCUCGCAUUAGUAAUGUUUUGGUUUGCUAUUGCAAUCAAAGUUAUAAGAAGCGCUUGCAUUGACAUUAUUUAAAAAUAUCUAUUAGUAUUUAUAAGUAAAUUUAAUGUAAAUAUUUAAAGAAUAUUAUUUAAAAUUGGUAGUUUACAUUUUUUUUAAAAUCUCGUCAAAAUUACUGUUUUGAAUAUAUUUCGUAUAUUUAUCAUACUUCGUUUUUGGCAUAAUACCUAUUUAAGAGGACCAUAGGAGGAGAUAUGUGAACAGUGCUAAAAAAAUAAAUGCUAUAAUUAUAUAAA